AUGGACCGAAACUACGUUUCAGAAGAAAGGCAGAAAUUCAAGGCUUGUGUUUCUAAAUUACGUACUUUGGUGCCAUCCAAAAAUGAAGAUAGUAGGAAGACACUGAAUGCUCUCUUGGAUGAAUUUAACUCUCUAGACUAUUCUAUUUAUGGAUUGAUUGAGGAGGACGCUGGACAGAUCUUAUGUCAAGCAUGUCGCCUAGUCCCGCUUCAAGACAACUUGAUGGUUACCAAAGUCUGUCAGCUGAUAGUCAUCAUUACCCAUCAAAAGGUGAACCUCACAAAACCCAGCACUACAGCACUUCUAGAGUUUGUGAUUGGAGUUAGCAAGCAAUGUGUAUCGUGGAUGCUCCCAGACACAUUGAGGGCUCUAGGUGCCAUUCUUUAUGAAAAUGGACCAAAGAGUGAAACGUUUCUUGAAGAAAUGUUGAUGCCGACGCCUCCAGGUCUCCUGCAGAAAAUGGUCUUGUCACAUGACCACGAAGUCAGACGCACAGCUAUCCUCUGCGUUGCUAAUGCUUGUAUGAAGAGUGAGGAUGGAAGGGUGAUCAGCGAGCCUCUUCUGAGUCUCAGUUUGGACAUAAUCUUAUCAGCACUUCAUACCUCUAAACCGACUGGUUGUGAUGACUAUACUCAUGUUAGGUUCUUAUUAGGAGCACUUCGGGGGUUGCAGAACCUUUUAUCUGCUCAGAAGAACAUCCAUGUUGAACAGUUGGGGUCAGUUUUAGCAGCCCUAAAGAGCUAUUCCUUGUAUGGAUUACCAAGCAUUGGGACCAACCUUCAGAUCCCUUCCACCCUCUUCCCUUCCUCCCUCUACCAGUCCAGCCCUUCCCCUGCUAAACCCAAUACACAGCCGAAAGGAGAUGAUGUUUCAGAGGGGAAAGGCACCCAGGGUGGAACACCAAAAUCGUCCACAGGAAGGAAGAAUAAGAGAAGAGGAGGGAAAAAGCAACAGGAGAAAGAACUUGCAAAACAACAGCGGGAGAAACAGGAGGAAAACCCAACAGCUUUCAUGAAACAGGGAGGACACCAGCCUGAUGGAACAGCCACAGCAGAUGGCUCUUCCAAUCAAGAUGCACUCUCCUUCUGGCCAAGCUGGGGUAGAGUAAGCAGUUCAGAGUCAGAGUACUCAGAUUCAGAGGGAGGACAGGUAUCAAAGCUAAGAUCUGCAUCAUCUAAAGUGAGGCAGGCUUCCCUUGGGUGUCUCCACAGUGUAGUGAAGAACACGGAUAAGAGGCAGAUGUUUGGUUACUGGUCAGCGUUCAUUCCAGACGCACCGCCUACCAUGGGUCUCAACACGCAGACCCUAUUCACCUGUAUGUUGAAGGAUCCAUCUCCGAAGGCCAGGGUAGCAAGUGUUGCAGUCAUCAUGGCUCUCCUUGAUGGCUCUAAACAGUUCCUUAUUGCAGCUGAUGAAAGAGUUCAGAAGAAAACCGCCUUCACGCCAUUUUCCUACACACUAGCAUGUACGAUCAAGGAGAUACACAGGAGCCUUCUUUUAGCCUUGGUUGCUGAAAGCUUCCAUACCACAAUUACACAAAUCGUAAAGUGUCUUUCAAUGUUAGCAAUGAAUGUUCCUUACAAUCACCUUGAAGCUGGCCUUCUCACCAGGAUAAUAAGAGCACUCAAACCAUUCUUCUGCCAUAGAGACAGCAAUGUAAGGACAGCCUGCCUGACGUGUGUAGGGGCCGUCCUGGGAGCCAGCCCUCCAUUAGACGAAGUCACCAAGCUCAUGGAGAGCAGCGAAAGACCAAAGGCAGGUGGUUCCGGAACCUUGUUUCUUCAGCUCAAAGCCAACCAGUCCUCAAACAAUGUGGAAAGUCCCGUGAAUGAAAGCAGUAGAGGUAAUCCUCCAGAGGUUGGAAGCCCUGCUGACUCUGCCAAACAGGAUCCAAGACAGGCCUUGGGUCUCCCUAAUGCGGGAGAGGCAGAUCGAACUGAACAAGCCUUGAAUAGGCUGUCGUUGAAAGAUGGACAAAGUGCCUCUGGAAGAUCAGAGGCAACUGAUGGUGGAACUGUGAACCCUGCGAAAGAUGGUAGUAACCAUAUGUCGUGGUUAGUGAGACUGUGCAGUGAUAUAUGCUUGCCAGCUGACACUCCGGAAUAUGCAGCUAAUAGUCAAAAUGAAAGGUACGGUAUAGAAUCCCUUCCAGUGCGGAUAGAGUCCCUUCAAGUACUAACCCAGAUGGUGAAAGGAUACUUUCAUAUAAUGAGGGGAACCCUCAUGCACCUGACCCAUAUCAUCAUUGAAUGUUUGUCAGAUAGAGAUGCUCAAAUACAACUCCAUAGUCUUAAGGUUCUUGAAGAGCUGGGUAAGGCUUUGUUAGAUCAGCUUGAUUCUGAGGGUGAAAAAUCUGCAAAACUCAAACCUCCCUUACAGCCCCAAGAGGCUCUUGAAGUAUGGAGGAAGCUGCUAUCAGGGACAUUACCCAGAAUCCUCCAGGAUUCAUCAAAUAGCGUACUCCAAUCCUGUGCGUGUGAUUGUCUUUCAACUAUUGGACCUCAGGUCUUUGAACUUUUAGAGGGAAGAGAGAGGGCUUUGUGCAUCACUCUGUUACUUGGUCUGAGCUGUGAGGAAGAUUAUCGAGUGAAAGCAGCAUCGGUCAGGGCCCUAGGAGUCUUUGUCCUCUACCCAUGCUUGAGACAGGAUGUUUUAUUUGUGGCAGACACAGCGAAUGCAAUCUUGAGUUCUCUCCAAGACUCCUCCGUUAACGUGAGAAUGAGAGCUACCUGGUCUCUUGGCAAUCUCAGUGAUGCCCUUCUCAUUAACUUGGAAUCUGGUGACGAAGCCUUUGUGUCUCAAUUCUCUGACUUGUUGCUUCAGAGGCUGUUUGAAGCAGCCAUACAAGCUUCUGGGGAUCAUGAUAAAGUCAAAUCCAAUGCAGUAAGAGGCCUAGGCAUGCUGGUACGCUUCAUGCAACCUCAGACAUUAGCAAAAUCCAGUUUUCAAUCUCUCAUUGAGAAAGCUGUGAUGGCUCUACUAAAGAAUAUUAAUGGAGGUGCUGUGAAGGUGCGUUGGAAUGCCUGCUAUGCUCUUGGGAACAUGUUCCGGAACACUAGCCUUGGUCUUGGGACAGCAUCAUGGGGGUCAGAUGUGUAUAGGUCACUCAUUAAGGUCAUCACAGAGUGUAAGAACUUUAAGGUUCGGAUCAACGGUGCCCUCGCACUUUCAAUCCCUUCCAAGAGACUCGAUUACGGUUCCGUCGAUCAGUUCAUUGAGGUGUGGUCAUGUCUGGUUCAAGCCAUGGCCGUCAUCGGUCAAGUGUCUGAGAUAUCCGAGCUGAAAUACAGAGAUACUCUCCGAGAUCAGUUAUGCCAAACAAUAAUCCAUCUUGCCCUGCUGGUUGAUGAAGGGGAUCUUUCCCACCUGAACACAGUCUUGAAAGGGAAUGUAGAAAUGAUGCAAGCAAACGUCCAAAAGUUUUCAGCUACGAGUAGUUCAGCGUCCAAGCCACAUGGGAAUGAUGUGGCCCUGGCAAGGGAUCAUCUCACAGAGCUGGAGGGCACCCCAGGGCUGGAACCAGGAGCCAUGGAAGCUUUGGAGAUGCUGCAACAGGUCUUUGUUGCCAUGACAACAGAAGUGAUGCUGGAUGACACCGAUCCCCAGAGCAUGAGCUCAGGAGGAGGGAUUCCGCUGGAUUGAAACCCUGUUCACAUUGGGUGAUUUGAAAUUCAGUGUCGACCUUUUGGUGUUGGCGUUGGGUCAAUUUUUACAUGUACAUGAGCACAACACCAAACAUGAAAGUGAAGAUGGUCCCUAAAAGUCACUCACAAGGUGUUGAGCUAUCAAUAUUGUGAUUGCUUGUGUAAACUCAGAAUAAGUUUUGGAGCUAGUACACACAAUCCAAAUUAUGCUACCAACACUAACACCAACAUUGAACUUGAAAUCACCCACUGUCAUCAAAGCAGGAGUUGGAAACAAAAAUAAAUUUGGGAUGAUCCAAUAUCUUUGAUAACCAUAAAUACAUUCUAAUUUAUCAGAAAACUGCAUUGACACAUUCAUUUUUUUUGUCCUGUGGACAAAGUGAUGAGCUAUUCCAUUGUUUUUGUAAUCAGUAACUAAAUCUACCCCCAAAACCAUCUAUUUACCAAAUUUUAGAAUUUCUGAAUAAACAAUUAUUCAUAGUUGGAUAGCUGUAUUCAGAUUAAAUUAUUUUUAUGAAAAUAGUUAUCAUUAUUAGUAUGAUUAUUAUUACUAUUAAUCCUUUAAUUCUAUUAUAGGCUUCUUAUCAUGUUAACAUAAUAAUCAUAAUAAUAAUGAAGGAUUUGUACAAUGCACAUAUCCACCUUGUUAGGUGCUUAAGGCACUUCUGUAUUACCCUGGCCAAGCUAGUCUACCGAUUCUGGUGUGCACAGCUUUUUAAGGAACUACUUUCUGCUGGUACCCAUUUAACUCACCUGGGUUGAGUGCAGCACAAUGUGGUCAAAUUUCUUGCUGAAGGGUAACACGCCAUGGCUGGGAAUCGAACCCACAUCCCCCAGAUUGAAAGACCACUAGACCACUACACCCCAACAUCACAUGAAUCACCAUGUGUACCAAUCCUUUAAGGUGUGUGCUGGUUUUUGAGGGCAGUCUUCAUUUAAACCAGAAAUGGCAUAGACUUUGAAUAUGUUGCUUAAAAUCCAUUGUAUCUGUAUAUAUGAAAAUAUCUGUUAACCUGUUAUAUGUUUGCAAUCAAUAGUUUCAUUGUAUGGUCAUGUGGCUACUGACUUCAAAGUUUCAAGUAGGUUCAUAAUAGGAAGCUAGAGGGCCAUUAAAAAUCAUCCUUAUAGUAACGAUACAUAUUUGCAUCACUUGAUUAUUUAUGAUUACAUAAUUUUUCUUGAAAAAAAGAAAGGAAGGUAAAUUGCCACUUGAGAUCUGUUUCAUAACAGUUAAAAGCUACUGAAUGAACUCCUUCAAUCUGAUUGGCUGAUGGUAAAUUUGUUAUAGAAACAGUUCAUUUGUUGCUAUAACAAGUAUUAUGAAACGGGGACCUUGGUCUAAAGACCUGCUUGGUGUAUUUUCCACUUGAUCUGGGCCCUGUUGUACAAAGAGUUACGAUUGAUCCGAUCAAUCUUA